AUGAAUAUAUAAACCCAAAGUGAAAUCGAAUUGAAACUUUCAGCCUUUGAGAAAUUAGGAGACAAUCCAACAGAAGUAGAUAUUAAAUAUGUGAGCUAUUUAUUCAAAAUCCCAUUACAAACUAUACGUCAAUGGCUAGAAGAAAGAGCUGGAGAAGAUUUUUAAAUUGAUCUAUCACCAGCUGAUGACAAAGAAUGUUCAAUCAUAGGCAUGAAAAAGAAAAAUAUAAUAAAUUCAUAAAGUUAGGUUAAGGAAGAAGAAGCUUAACAGAAAUAAAUAAAAAAUUAAUCCAUAAAAUCAUAAACAGAAGUUAAAUAAAAUCAGGAUGCAAAAAAAAAGAAACAAAUUGAUAAAAUCAAAUAGAGCGAUCCAAAUAAAAAGGCUUAAAAGACUUUUAAAAAAUAGGCAAAACUGGCCGCUAUAUAAGCUUAAUACUCCACAUUUGAAGACUGCAAAACUCAAGAUAAAAAUGUUAUCAAUAAUUAAAACUUAAAAUUGCCUUUGUCGAUAUAAACUCAAAAAUUAGUAUAAUAAAUUGAUAUUUCAAAUAAAAUUAAUAACAUUGUAUAAAAUAUAGAUAACCGUAAUCAACUCCAAUAAUAACAAAGUUAUUUAAUAAGAAAAGAAGCGAAACAAAAUAAAUUAUUAAGUUAAAAAAAGAAACUAAUUCGUUUGGAAAAAGAAAAACACUAAAAAGAUAUGAAUGCCUAAUUUAAUUAGUAAAAUUCUCAAAGUAAAGGAUAGUAAAAGUAAUGCAUAAUUAUUAUUGAUGAUGAGAUAAAUUAGAAAAGCUAAUUAUCAACUAAUCCAAACAAGGAAAUAAUUUAUUAUAAUUAUUAUUCAACCUAAACAUAAUACAAAUAACAUAUUAAUGAGAAGCUUUAACUUUUAUAGGAUUUAUCUUAUUUUUAAGAUAAAAAAAUAAAAAAACCCAUAAUGUAAGCUUUAUAAGAAAUCCAACUUGGAUAGUAUAAGUAAUCAGAAUACAAUAUUGCAAAACAAAAUGAUUAGAGAUAAAAUAAAAUGAUAACAAAUCAAUAAAAAAAUCAUUAAUAAUCAUAAGCUUAUCCACUUAUAAAUUAAACAUAAAUAUAGAAGUUUUCAGUGUAAAAUAAUGAAUAGAUCCCUAAAUCAAAGCAAUAAAAUGAAAAGAAUCCAUUAAAUACUGAACCUUAAAAUUUGAAUUAACAAUCUCUGAAGUCAAAUUCAAAUGUAAGCUAAGAAUCACAGAAAUUAACACAAUUGCCUCCUUAAUAACUAUCAAAUCAUAUAUCUUUAGAUUUUAAUUCUCAAUCAAUAACUGCUUAACCAAAUUUAAUUAAUUCGACAAAUAAAUCUUCGCCAAACUAAACUACACCAUCUUAAGUUUAAAUUUAAGAAUCUUUGUAGCAGUAAUAAACUUAUAUUGGUUCUGAGUUGAAUCUUAUACAAGCUUAAAUUAAUCAGACAAUACAAGGACCUAUUUUAUAAAACAAUACGGAUAAGAAAUUAUAAUUGCCUAAUUAUUUAUCAGAAUUGAUUCAAAUGUUCAAUAAAAAUUCUUAAGCUUUAGGAUAAGCAGUUGAAUAGAUUACAGCAGUAAGUAAUUAACAAAUGGUUUUGAUGGAGAAACUUGAUAUAAUUUACGAGUAUGUUAAUAUAAAGUGA